CGAGAAGUAGCCUACUACUUUUCUUUUUUUUUCAUUUGUGGAGCGCUUUAUCAGCGGCAGUCUCCCCCGCCGUCCUAACAGCACAGUAAGGGGUCACUACCCCCACUCAAUACAGAGAGAGAGACACGGGCACAUUAAACAAACACCUAGGGCUGACAGCAAAGCAGCGAAGACCGUAAUUAAACCGCGCGUCUUUGCUCCCCGACCAGAAACCCUCACUCACCCACUAACUGUCCCGAGGACACUGGGUUUAACUUCGUCUAAAUAGGAUGACAGGGCGAGGGUCGCUUGUCUCCCAGGGGAUUCUGCGAAGCAGCGUCUUUAGCCGGGUUGGACCCACUAGGCUACUAACUAGCCAGAUCUGAGGGACUCCAGACAGAACAGAGACCACAAACUUCUGACUACCUGAAACCAGAACCAGGAAGUAAACAACACAGAAAACAACAACAUCAUGAAGACCUCCACUGUCUUCCUCUCGCUCCUCGCCUCACUCUCUUGUUCCCAGAGCGACUCUCCGGAACUCAUCGUGACAACGCGGGCAGGAAGCUUACGCGGCAUCCGCCUACCGACGCCCGACAGGAGUCACGUGACUGCUUUCCUCGGCAUCCCAUUCGCCGAGCCCCCGCUGGGCAAGAAGCGCUUCCGUAAGGCGGAGCCAAAGAAGCCGUGGUCGGGAGUGUUUGACGCUAGCUCCUACCCCAACGCCUGCUAUCAGUUCAUUGACACCUCUUUCCCCGGGUUCCAAGGAUCUGAGAUGUGGAACCCGAACAGGGAGAUGAGUGAGGACUGCCUAUACCUCAACAUCUGGGUACCAACCUCCCCCAGACCUCACAACCUCACCGUGAUGGUGUGGAUCUACGGUGGAGGCUUCUACAGUGGCUCCUCGUCCCUGGAUGUGUAUGAUGGACGUUACCUGGCCCACUCUGAGAAGGUGGUGGUGGUGUCCAUGAACUACCGUGUCGGGGCCUUUGGUUUCCUGGCUCUUCCUGGCUCUUCGGAGGCCCCUGGGAAUGUGGGGCUACUAGACCAACGUAUGGCCCUCCAGUGGAUCCAGAAUAACAUACAUAUCUUCGGGGGCAACCCCAAGCAGGUGACCAUCUUUGGGGAGAGUGCAGGAGCAGUCUCUGUGGGAAUACACCUCCUGUCUCCAGACAGCCGCCCCACCUUCACCCGAGCCAUCCUCCAGAGUGGAGUCCCCAACUGUCCCUGGGCCACUGUUACGCCCGCUGAAGCCCAGCGGAGAGCUGCCAUGUUGGGGAAACUGGUGGGCUGUCCCUCUGGGGGUAACGACACAGAGCUGGUGGACUGUCUCCGUAACAAGCCCCCCCAGGACCUCAUCGACCAGGAGUGGCAGGUCAUGCCAUGGUCGGCCAUCUUCCGUUUCUCCUUCGUGCCGGUCAUCGAUGGCGUGGUCCUUCCUGAUAACCCAGAGGCCAUGCUGUCAUCAGGCAACAUCAAAGACACCCAAAUCCUGCUGGGAGUCAACCAGGACGAGGGCUCCUUCUUCCUCCUCUACGGAGCCCCCGGCUUCAGCAAGGACAACGAGUCAUUGAUCUCCCGUGAGGACUUCCUGGAGAGCGUGAAGCUGAGUGUCCCGCACGCCAACGAAAUCGGCCAGGAGGCUGUGGUGCUGCAGUACACUGACUGGUUCGAUGAGAACAAUGGAGUGAAGAACCGAGACUCCCUGGAUGAUGUGGUCGGAGACCAUAAUGUCAUCUGCCCCCUGCAGCAGUUUGCCAGGACCUACUCCCAGCUCCACUCUAACCUGGGUGCCAACAAUGGACAACAGGCGGGCAACGCUGGGGCCAUGACCAAGGACGGGAACUCACAAAGUGGAGUGUACCUGUACCUGUUUGACCACCGUGCGUCUAACCUGGCGUGGCCUGGGUGGAUGGGCGUUAUCCAUGGUUACGAGAUAGAGUUUGUGUUCGGCAUGCCACUGGAGAAGAGACUCAACUACACAGCCGAGGAGGAGAAACUGAGCCGACGCAUGAUGAGAUACUGGGCUAACUUCGCACGCACCGGUAACCCCAACAUCAAUUUUGACGGCAGUGUGGAUAGCAGGCAGAGGUGGCCGCAGUUCACCAACAGUGAGCAAAAACACGUGGGGUUGAACACAGAAUCUCUGAAGAUCCACAAGGGCCUGCGGAACCAGCUGUGUGCAUUCUGGAACCGCUUUCUGCCACGCCUCCUCAAUAUCACCGAUAACAUAGACGAGGCAGAGCGUCAGUGGAAGGUGGAGUUCCAUCGCUGGUCCUCCUACAUGAUGCAUUGGAAGAGCCAGUUCGACCAUUACAGCAAGCAGGAGCGCUGCACUGACCUCUGAGGAGAGGGGAGAGAGAGAGAGAUGCCGACCAUAUCCUUCCACUUGGCUCUGGUCAAAGUAGUGUACUAGGAAGAGUACUACAUAGGGAAUAGUGUGUGAUUUGGGAUUGAGUCUGUGUGGGCCCAAAUGUAAAACCUAAAACCACUGAUCAACUGUUAUGUUAGUCUAGGAAUCUGGAGCCAUGUAAAUCCCUGUGUUCUGGGUUAGAAAAGAACUGCACUGAAUGUGUGUGUGUGUGUGUGUGUGUGUGUGUGUGUGUGUGUGUGUGUGUGUGUGUGUGUGUGUGUGUGUGUGUGUGUGUGUGUGUGUGUGUGUGUGUGUGUGUGUGUGUGUGUGUGUGUGUGUGUGUGUGUGUGUUACAUGUCCAUCUUGUUGAUCACUGCUUUGGUAUUGGUUUUCAAUCCAUAGUGUGUUUAUGAACUGUGUAUGCACUUGUCUGCAUAUAUUCACAUAUCUCUGUCAAUCGUCUAUAUGUAGCUAAACUAACCCCUCAUGUAUGCCAGUACACAGUAGGUGUGUUUUAGUGCGUAUUACUAUAUUUUGUGUGCGUGUGUGUGUUUACUGCUGAUGUUGUCUCUGUACCAACGGUUGAUGUGUUUCUCUCCUCCAUCCCCCUCUCCAUCUAUCCCUCCUCUCUCUUCUAUUCCUAUCUUGCUUCCUCCCAUCAUCUUUCUCUCUAUUCCUAUACAUCUCUCUCCCCUUUCUCACUCCCCACUCUUUCCAACUCACUGUCUCUUAUCUCUCCAUCUCUCUCUCUCUUCCAUCCAUCUCUCCGUGUCCCCAGAGGAUGAACGUUCUCGUUAGUCUAAUGGAGGCUGAAGUAAUUCACUCAGUGUGUGUCGUGUGUGUGUGUGUGUGUGUGUGUGUGUGUGUGUGUGUGUGUGUGUGUGUGUGUGUGUGUGUGUGUGUGUGUGUGUGUGUGUGUGUGUGUGUGUGUGUGUGUGUGUGUGUAAUUCACUUAGAGCGUGUGUGAAACAGCAGGAUGCUGCGUCUGCCUUUCACUGGCUAUGAGACUGACAGGCCUGGCUGUGCUGUAUACUGUGGUGGCUGGGUUUGAAGGAGAGAGAGGGUGGAGAGGGGGGGUGGAGUAGAGAGUGGAAAAUGGGGAAGAUGAGAGAGAUCAGGUAGAGGGGAAGGAGAGAGUGAGAGAUGGAGGAACAAAGAGAUAGAAAGGGAAGAGGGGUAGAAAAAGAAUAAAACAGGGUUCUGUGCUCCUCCUGUCUGUACCACAGUUAUUGAUCUUCAAUUGGACAUAUGCAUAAUACCUCUGUGUGGGUUUUGAUUCCUCUCUUUCAGUAUGUUAUUUUACUGUUACACUUGCAUGCUUCAGGUUUACACCAACUACUGUGUCAGUAUAAUGGACUGUUGUGAGUUUGGCUGCUUUCUUGAGGGCUUUGUGAUAAGUCUGUCAGCCAGACUGACUGUGUAUGUUUACUGUCAGUCUGAACCUCUGUCCACCUCUGUCUGUAGAACUCUACAGCUGUCUGUCUAUUCAUAUGUCUGUCUGUGUCCAUCUGUGUGAUGGUGUGUGAGACGUCCUCUAUUUGUGAUGUCACAUGUGCGUGAUGUCAUAUUGAUUUGAACUCGCAUCCGUUGACACUGUGGAAGAAAUCAGGAUCAGCCUUGUGAUUGGUCAGUGGGUCUUCCUGUGAAGCAUUGUGAUUGGUUUAUUUACCUGGCAUGUAGAACUCCUAUUUAAUGACUGGAGUAGAGUAGUCUAGCUUUAAAAAUAAAAUCAAAUAUAUAAUGUAUAUUGAAAAGAAUUGUAAAAAGUGAAAGACUUUCUGUAAUUAUUUAGAUACUGUGUGAGUCCCAAAUGGCCUCUAUUCCGAUAGGGCCCUGGUCAAAGGUAGUGGGCCCUGGUCAAAAGUAGUGCACUAUGUAGGGAUUAGGAUGCUAUUUGGGACAAGACCACUUUGUUUGACUGAAAAUAAUGCAUGUGUGUAUCACAGGAGGUUGGUGUUAACCUUAAUUGGGGAGGACGGGCUCGUGGUCAUGACUGGAGCGGAAUAGGUGGAAUGGUAUCAAACACAUGGUUUCCAUGGUUUCCAGGUAUUUGAUGCCAUUCCAUUUGCUUGGUUCCCGACAUUAUUAUGAGCCGUUCUGCCCUCUGCAGCCCCCUAUGGUGUGUAUGAAUGGCUGUGUGCAUGAGUGUUCCGAUGAUGAGUGAGUGACAGCUGCUCAAGCACCUCUUGUCCAUUUAAAGAGGACCUGCUUAACCUUUCUCCUCCAAUAAUAUCCCCUGAUGCAUGUCCCGAGCACCCACCCCCUUUCUCUGUAUUCUACUCCAAAUGUAUGACUGUUAUUUUCUGUAGCGAUAUAUUCCCUGAUGUACUGAUUUGUAUUUUGAUUAUUAUUACGAUUAUUACGACUACUAUAGCUUUGAGAUUAUAGUUGACGUGAGCAAUAAUAUAAAACAUAUGAUGAAAAUAUAUUUGAUAUUUAAAUGCAUUAUUUAUUGUGUGAUGAUGAUGAUGGAUGGAUAUUAUUACCAUUAACAAUUAAAGGGAGGCUAUACCUGGUGUGUGUGUGUGUGUGUGUGUGUGUGUGUGUGUGUGUGUGUGUGUGUGUGUGUGUGUGUGUGUGACAUCCUUUGAUUUGAAUUGUUGUAUAUUUUUAUCUUAUGUUCUAUUUAUUUCUCUCUUAUUUAUUUCUCUUUUGUUAUAUACUUUUUUUUAAAAACAGUAUUACUACAGUGUACUAGUACAUAGAGUAUACUAUAAUGGUAUACACAGUAUAGACAGUAUACUAGUACUAGAGUAUUACUACAAUAUACUACUAUAUAGAUUAUGACCCUGGCCAAGACCCCACUCUCCGAGGGUGUCUCAGGGGUAGUUGGGAAUGCAAAAAACACAUUUCCAAUUAGGACAACUAUAAGCACCGACCAAAUUAUUGGUAUGUUUAUACAGUAUAGUAUUUACUGUAUACUAGUACUACUACUACUCCUGCAUCCUCAUUUGUUAUGGUCACUAGUACUUUAAAUAAUACAUUAGAAUGGCUUUUGAUUAAUUUUCAUGAAUGCUAGCUUGUUGUUUGUGAAACUGCAACAAAAUAAAGACACCUUGCUGCUGA